AUGUGUACUGUACACUCCCUGCAGAUGUUCCCAAGUGUUCACCAAGAGUUGGUUGACUUGAAUUUCUGGGGAGGUUUUCUGCUUUUGAUCCACAAGCCGAACGAGACUGCGAUGGUGUCCGCGUUUCAACACACCUGGGAGGAGAGGUCGAAAUCUCCCGUGGCCGCUCCCGCCUUGAACAUCAAUGUUCCAGUGUCCGGCAAACCAGAUCAGCAGACGACUGAGACGUACUACGAAUUCCUGGGCAGAAGCGACUGCUUGGCAUUCUGGGUCCGAGACCCCUACUUCCGGUGCAUCUUUGUGACAGACACAGCUAAUUACCGAGGAACCAUGCGGCAGUGUUACCACAGCCCAUGUGACGACGUCACCAGCAUCACUGACGACAAGUUGACCUUCCUGGCCAAGGUCACGGACUCUGUACUGCAGACGACCAUGAAGCUGGCUCAAGUCAACCUGGAGUCUUCCUCAUCAGAUGCAACUCAGCAAACUAGUCAGGUACCCACAUCAACUACUACUCGGUACACUGCGGACCAGACGACACAACGGCCAACGCUUCCAGGAACAACUGCUUCUCAGAACACCCCUAACCAGGAAGCACAAGGGCCAACUCUUCCAGGAACAACUGCUUCUCAGAACACCCCUAACCAGGAAGCACAAGGGCCAACUCUUCCAGGAACAACUGCUUCUCAGAACACCCCUAACCAGGAAGCACAAGGGCCAACUCUUCCAGGAACAACUGCUUCUCAGAACACCCCUAACCAGGAAGCACAAGGGCCAACUCUUCCAGGAACAACUGCUUCUCAGAACACCCCUAACCAGGAAGCACAAGGGCCAACUCUUCCAGAAACAACUGCUUAUCAGAACACCACUAACCAGGGAGCACAAGGGCCAACUCUUCCAGGAAACAACUGCCAGAUGGCUUAA